AUGCUUCUGUGGGGUCUGGUUGGCGUACAUUUUUUUACGAUUUCAGUAUCAUGUUUAAAUGCGGGAAAUGCUGAUAACAGCGGCUGGAGUUUCAUUCCAAAUACACAAUACCAUAUUCAGACGGAUGAAGGUCCUGAAAGACAUUUUCGUUUUCAAACGUUAAAUGGACAAUAUAGAAAGGAGAAAAGGUUAGUUGAUGGGACAGUAAUUGGUACAGAAGGCUGGUUAGAUCCUCUGGGAUACUUACGGCUUAAAGAUUACGUCGCUGAUAGCAAAGGAUUUCGUAUAUUAAGAUCAAAAAUGAUAUACGUGGGUAAAGGCAAACCUAUUUACGAUACUAUUGUGGAAACGAAAGGAGUACCUCCUCAAACCGGGAUUCUUGUGGAUUCAACCCGACCGCCCAAUCCUUUCAGGCAUUGGAAAACAAACAAUGUUGCUCCAUUACUUGAAAAUGAUAUUAAUUCUGGCUUUUAUGUCACUAGUACAGUCAGACCUCGAAUAGAUGUUUCUCCUGUAUCUGCUUCAAACGAAGCUUAUUAUAAUACGGAUCAAGCAAGUUUUUCUUCCGGAUUACAAAAUGUGAAAAAUUAUCCACAGCUUCGAAAUACUUACUACAAUCUUUAUCAACGAUCCGAUAGUAGGGACAAUGCACGCUACAAAGACCUAAAGAACACAUUCGAAUUAGAAACACCUACUUCCCGAAGCAAAGCUGACAAAUAUCCUCCAUACGAUGGAACACAUAGUACUUCCGACGGAUUUCAGUAUUAUCUACGACGACAGUAUCACGAGGAAGAACGAGACUCAACUGGAAGUAAUGUUGGUUCUUUCGGUUAUAUAGAUCCAUUUGGCAUUAGAAGAGUAAUUUAUUACAAAACAGAUUCAAAUAGCGGGAAUUUUCAUCAUCUGAAGAAUAAUAAGUACGUAGGUUUUGCUGGAACACCGUAUGAUCCUUCGCCAAUGCCACCAUUGAGGCAGAAUAAAUAA